ACAUCCUUAAAUUUAACUUGCUAGCACGACAGUAGUAAUAGUAAUUCAGAUGUUCGAUUCGAACGGGACACGCUGUUUAAGAUGAAUCAUUUCGGUUUAUAACGAUCUCAUGUUACACACGCAUUCAGAACGAUUCCACUUGGGCGCGUCAAUCAUCCACGCGGCAGCAAUAAAUUUUGAAACAGCGGUUCUUAACAUCGUCGUUAGCUAUUUGUGACGCGAUUUCACGAUAACGUUGCGAAGCUGCCAGUCACAGCUAACGAAUAUUUAUUCGAGGUCGGUGUUUCUCAGAAAUCUCACACAAUUCGCCGGUUACGAACGCUGAACGGGAAAGGAUAGGUGGAAGAUAAGAAAAGUGUGACCGUAGAAAUUUCCAAGAUAACCGGUUUUUCUGUUCCAUGCUCGAAAAACAAACACCCACUGGCACGCUAACGAUCAGACUCUCGUGCACGGGGCAUAAAUACGUCAAGGACCUUAUCGGGAUGCAAAUCUCCGGAUCGUGGCUCGUGGCUUCGCGCUAUAAGUUUCAGGAACUACAGUGCGGAAAACUUAACGCCAGAUGAAACAGGUACUACGGCCUGCGCACCUCGUCGCCGAACGUCAAGGACCAAAAUGUCUCCGGAGGAUCCAAAGAAGAAUGCGAAUGACAAGAUCACUGUCUGGCCACAGUGGCUAGCUACCUGUACCCUCAGCUUAGUCGUUAUCGGAAGUGGCCUCGCGAAUGGGUGGGCAUCGCCGUACUUGGCUCAACUCACAUCAACGGAAGCGAACAUGCCUUUGAGACUGACGGAUGCCGAGGCCUCCUGGGUGGCUUCCCUUUUAAAUCUUGGCCGGCUCGUAGGAGCUUUGCUCAGCGCAGUGUGUCAAGAAUUUAUGGGACGAAAGAUGGUGCUUCUACUCGGUGGACUACCGUUACUCGCAAGCUGGAUCUUCAGCAUCUGCGCUACUUCGGUCAUGUGGCUGUAUACUUCUCGAUUCUGUUCGGGAAUCGGAUCAGGAAUCACGUGGACCGCGUUGACGCUGUACUUGAGCGAAAUCGCUGACCCGAAGAUUCGUGGAUCGCUGAUAUCCAUGAACGUGAACGCAUCUACCCUUGGUAUGUUCCUGGGCAAUGCGAUGGGUCCUUAUCUGUCCAUGGAGAUGUUCGGCUACGUGAGCCUCGUACCGAACGUCCUCUUCAUGAUCCUCUUCAGCCUGAUACCCGAAUCGCCGUACCAUUACGUAUUGCACGGGGAUAUCGAGAAGGCCGAGGCAUCCUUGAAGUGGUUCAGACGAGAAGCUGAUACCAAAGCCGAGAUACAGGAGCUUCAAGAAUUCGUUGCUGGGGUCCAAACAAAUAUUUUCCUUAAACUCAGGGAAUUUCUCACACCAAGCAAUUUAAAGAAACCCCUGGUCGUAAUGGGCGUCUACGUGUUCUUCCAUGUGAGUGGAUACAGCGCUUUGAUGUCGUACGCGGAGAUAAUCCUGACGAAAAGCCAGAUCACCAUAGAGCCCAGCCUGGUCGUAACGCUACUCGGAACAUCGAUGAUCAUAGCUGGCUCGAUGGCCACGUUUUUAAUCGAUAAAUUAGGUAGAAGGUGUUUACUAAUAUUAUCUUGCAUAGGAACGUCAGUGUCCUUAGCGUUGUUAGGCCUCCACUUUCAACUUCUUGAGCUGGGGUACAGUUCUGUGAGUCUGACGUGCUUACCCAUAAUCUCCUUGUUACUCUUCAAUUUCGCCUUGGGCAUCGGUCUACAGCCAAUACCCAGCACGCUUGUAGGUGAAAUGUUCACCGCGAACAUGAAGAACAUAGCUUCCACGUUCAUCAACUGUAACAACGCUUUACUAUCUUUCGCGAGCGCGAAGACCUAUCAACCCUUUUUGGACUUGGUUGGCGAUAAAUUUGUCUAUUGGACUUACAGUGUUUCCGUGUUACUCUCGGUGCCGUACGUCUACUUCUUGCUACCAGAAACCACGGGCAAAAGUCUCCUAGAGAUACAACGCGCGAUAAAGAAAUAGUAGAGAAGUAGAGCGUCGAAAUCUUUCGAUUCCUCUCCCGCACAGAUCGUAUUCAAAAAUGAAGUUCGUUCACUUCGAACGACUUUCUACAUUCGUAACACGACGCAAGAACAGCGGUCGAACACAAUGUAAAUUAAUUUAGACGCAUUUUUAAUUACUGUAUCUUAAUUUUACACACUGCCGUUCGAAUCUUACUGUUAGUAUGUAUUGUGAUUUCGAAAUAAGUCUUAGGAAAUAAAAUGCGUAUCGUUCUCUUGUAUGAUGACGGCAGGAAGUACAAAUAGAGACUGAAAACUCGAUCCCCGAUUCCUACACAGUCUGCUACGGAUCGAUCCACAUCACGCAAAAGAUGAAAUUUUUUGCGAGGAAAACUAGUGUAAACUAUAAUUUACAUACAGCGUCCUUUACUUACUGCAUUACCUAUUCGUCGAACAGUAAAUAAAAAAUGAAUUCAAGAAGAAAGGGAC